UAGCAGACGACAGCCAAUCACGUGACUGCUCACGUGACUUGUGGUCACAUGACAAAACCAGCGGGAGGCACGUCGUACAGCGGUCUGAUAGGCUACGUACAUGUACAUAUCGACACUGGACUUCACUUCACGAACGACGGCAGGCAAGGACGGACGUGUCACAAAAGGGCUCUUAAACAUAUCAGAGAAUAAGGUAGGAUCUUCUCCCGGGUUAUAUAUGUGUAUGAAUGUUAGUGUUUCGGCCCCUCCACAAUAUUGGCGACGAGGAUAAAAGUAUUUUUAAUUCAUUUUCGGCAAAAUAUUUUCUGUACUUCGCCAUAGCCGGCGCUGAUAGCAGAAUCUGCGCUGGCUGUGGCCGAAUAUCAAAAAGCCGCCGCCAUCUUGAAAUUUUUUAGGUUUUUGAUUAAUUUCAGCUGUUUGACUCUGUUUCGUCCAAAAUAUUAAAUUACACAACAAGUAACAUAUUAUUUCAGUUUGAGAUUUUAUUUUUUGGUGGAAAAAGUUUGAUAUUUAGUUCCGUAAAUUUACUUUAUUUUUUUGCCGAUCGGCACUGCCGUUCUAGCCCUGAAGGAAUUCAGCGGCCAGCUUGACAGGAGCCAAUCGGAUUAUUUUUGGGACAAACAAUAUUCGUGUACUAUUUAGGAGAAUAUGGACAGUGAAGCCUUACUGCCGCCGGGGGUGGAGGACGAAAUAGAGGUAGAAAUUGGUUCGGCCUCGGAGGUUGGUUCCCUAAGGGCUCCCUCUGAAGCCGAAUCAACAGAAAUUAAUGUAGAAGAGACAGGCGGAUCGGCUCCAGUGGAGGCCCCCUGUGAGCCUGCCUCUGAGGCCGACCCGCCAAAAUUGCAAAUGGCGCCGCAGGCUUCGGGGACACUUUCCGAGCAUCUGCCCCUCGCAUCGCCAGGAGCAGAUACUCAGAAGAGGAAGCUCUCCGAGGCCGAGCGCGCCCAAAAAAGAUACAAACUAAAUAAACGCAGGAAAGAACGUGGGAAGCGCGCCAAACAGGCAAAGAAACUCGCCCAAGGGCCGCUUUCCGGAACUGCUGCUGGACCCUCAACCAGUGGAGGCCUUACAGUUGGGGUUGGUCGUGGCCGUGGGCAGAUGCCCACUUGGCUUAGACCACCCCAGCCUGUGGAGAGUUCCCCCACUGGGAGAGGGAGGGGAAUAACCCCACAAAUGCUGGAACAUGUUUUGGGGGAACGCCCUCGGCCACCACUGCAAGCCUUUGAUUCCCAUUAUCAUCCGGACCGUAUUGACCUCAAACGAGCAAAAACACAACUUCAGGGAGAGCCCUGUCACCCAGUCAAGGUAGUCGGGGGAAUAUGGAAUUUUUGCGACCCCGUGAGAUAUUCCGCCCCCGGCUUCCUCGACAGGGUAUUCAGGGAACUUCCUGAAGGCUACGCAGUGGCUGUGGGCAUUCAUCCAAAACAGGCCUCUGGCCUGUCGCGCUAUCAUUUCGAGGCCCUGCGAUUGGCUCUGGCUGACCCGCGAGUCAGGGGCAUUUCGGAGGUGGGCCUGGAUUGGAGCACUGACGACUCCGAGUGGGGGGCACAGGAGCAGCUCUUUGAGCGGCUCCUGGGGCUCUCCACCGGAAGAGUCCUCGUCCUCCAUCUCCGGGGGGCCAAUGGCUCGCGGGCCGGAAAUGAGCCAAUCCCGCGCUCAAUCCACAAGUUGGCACGCGACGCCAUCCGUCGACGAUGCCCGGCCACACAGAGAAUCCAUCUACACUGUUUCAUGGGCUCGCCGGACAUCGUCGAUGAAUGGACGUCGACGUUUACAUAUGCUUAUUUCGGGGUAACAGGCAGCGCAUCUUACUACUGUGGAGCCGGUGCCAGUCUCAAGAAGCUUGGCAUCCGCUCCAUCCCACAAAACCGUCUCCUCCUCGAGACAGACGCCCCCUACUUGCCCGUCCGCCCUCGCCAGGGUUGGCAAACGGAAUCAUUUAUAGGCGAUGUCGGGCAAGUGGUGGCGUCCAUUCGAGGAGUUUCCCUCAGUCAAGUACUCGAGGAGACAACAAUCAACGCCAGAGAGUUGUAUUGCCUUAAAUAAACAGGCAAUGCUACUCUCUGGCACCUGUCUCCGCCUGCCAUUUUAUUUUUUUUGUGAUAAAUGAUUUAUGAUCAAUGAUUGAAUUUUGUUCUAAUGAAAUAAUUGAUGCCUAUAAUUGGCUACACUUAUCAAAUAUUGUAUUGUGUAAAAUAGUUAUGUAUAUAUGUUAUGCCUAUGAAAUAAUU